GGAGGAGGAGAUGGAGAGAUGAAGGACCCAGAAUGGGAUGAAGAGCUGGACGGAGAGGAGGGAACGAUGAGGAUGACGAGGACAGACACACUUCAUUCGACCACGAGUUCAACCGGGACACAGAGGAGGAGGGGACAACAUCAUAAAAAACAGGUCCAGGGCAGUAAUCAGGUCCAGAGAGCUCCCAGAGCGUUAUACUGUCUGAAACUCAACAACCCCAUCAGAAGAGCCGCUCUCUCCAUCGUCGAGUGGAAACCGUUUGAUAUCUUCAUUCUGUUAGCCAUCUUUGCUAACUGUGUCGCUCUGGGAGUUUCUAAACCGUUUCCUGAAGACGACUCAAACUCCACAAACCACGACCUGGAACAAGUGGAGUACAUCUUCCUCGUCAUCUUCACCAUAGAGACCUUCCUGAAGAUCUUGGCUUACGGUCUGGUGAUGCACCCAAGCUCCUACAUCCGCAACGGCUGGAAUUUACUGGAUUUCGUCAUCGUUAUCGUGGGAUUGUUCAGUGUGGUUUUAGAGACGAUGACUCAUAAGUCUGGUGAGGUUGCGACCACUCAUCACGUGCCGGGGAAACCUGGAGGUCUGGACGUCAAAGCUCUGAGAGCCUUCAGAGUCCUGAGGCCCCUGAGGCUGGUGUCUGGAGUCCCCAGUUUACAGAUCGUGUUGAACUCCAUCAUGAAGGCCAUGGUUCCCCUGCUCCACAUCGCUCUGCUGGUACUCUUCGUCAUCAUCAUCUACGCCAUCAUCGGUCUGGAGCUCUUCAUCGGACGCAUGCACAAGACCUGCUACUACAAAGAAUCAAACACGUAUGUGGAGGACGACCCGGUGCCGUGUGCGUUCCUGGGUCACGGCCGUCAGUGCAACAACAACGCCUCAGAGUGUCGGGGGAGGUGGGACGGACCCAACGGAGGAAUCACAAACUUCGACAAUUUCUUCUUCGCCAUGUUGACGGUGUUCCAGUGCAUCACCAUGGAGGGCUGGACCGACGUUCUCUACUGGAUGAAUGAUGCCAUUGGGUUCGAGCUGCCGUGGGUUUACUUUGUCAGUCUGGUGGUAUUCGGGUCAUUCUUCGUUCUCAACCUGGUUCUGGGAGUCCUCAGCGGAGAGUUCAGUAAGGAGAGGGAGAAGGCGAAGGCUCGCGGAGAUUUCCAGAAGCUGAGGGAGAGGCAGCAGAUGGAGGAGGAUCUGUGCGGCUACAUGGACUGGAUCACUCAGGCGGAGGACAUGGACGAACUGGAUGAGGACGGUAACCCACGUCCUUCUCUGGGCGAUCUGUCAGACAAGAAGAGAGGAAAGUUUGGAUGGUUCAGUCACUCCAGUGACACACACG